CAGCGCUGCCUUAGACUUGCACCGAGCUCCGCUGUGCUCUGUGCCGUCCUCUCCGGCUCAGGGCUGUCCAUACGUGGGGCUCAGGGGGUGCCCCAAUGUCGGACUCACUGCUCAACCACUCCUGGCCGUCGUUCUCCAAGCGCUGGAAGAAGCGGUGGUCCUUUAAACGAGGAUCUGACUGCAAGCCGUGCUUACGGGAGCUCGCUGACCGCAGUCCCUCUGCUUUGGAGUACCACAGCCCCAAGCGUUUCCUCCCAUCCCUGAUUGCUGAGGAUGACACCUUGUUCACCAGCAUGGCCGAAGAAAAGGAGGACUCAUCUUCCACAGAGCUGGACGUCCCAGCAGCAGACUUACACAGCAGCACAGAGGAUCUCCUCUCAGACUCCGCUCUGCACGGCACAGAGUAUUACAAAGACCUGGGGCUUCUGAGCCCACCAGAUAACAAAACAGUGCCAGAGAUGGCAGCACGGCCAGAAGCUGCCCCCCAGGCUGCAUCUGCCAUUUGCUUAUUGGAGGAGAGAUCAGGGGCUCUGGGAAAAAUGUCUGUGGAUGUUGCCUUUUCCAAUCCCAUCUCCUGCUCGGUGCGUUAUGGUGAGGCCGACUGCCACUUUCUGAACAAAGCUGCCAGCACUGUUGAAUGUCCUGCGGAGGAAGAUGAAGCUUCGGACCUUCAGGAGGCCUCGGAGUCCUUCCCCACGUUGGUGAGAUCCAUGUCUACCUCUAGGAGGCACAGCUGGGAGAGCCCCUUGUCACCUGUGGACUGCAAGCGCAGGUUCAGCUUGGAUACCACAGAGAGAGGCAGUGAUCCAGAGCAGGAGGAGGCGGAGAAAGGGAGCGGGUCCUGCGCACAGCCUCGUGUGUCCCUGCAGCUGCCCGGGGGGAAGCAGGGAGCCUGGAGCAGCAGUGCGGGCAGCAUGGUGAUCAAAGUGCAGAUAGAGCCACUGCGACCCGGCGGCACGGCCAGCCUGGGCUCAGGGGAGGCGGAACGUGUCGGUGAUGGGAAGAGACUGAGGCCACUGUCCAUCCCUUCAGCCUGCAAGGCUGCCUCCCCCCAGGCGCCCUGUGGUUUCAACACUUCUCUUUCAGCCAUGGAAGGUGUUGAACCCCCUGCUCUGGAGAUGCUGGAGAAGGACCAUGUGUCCCCAGACCAAGUGCUAAUAGUACAGCAGGUUCUUCAGGAGCUGAAACAGUAUCACGGGGCGAAAAAGAGAGCUUGUGUGCAAGAAGGCAGUGAUUCUUCCCAGCAGAAUCUCACCUGGUUUGAGUUCCUGUCUAACGAAAAUGAGGACAGUGGAAAGAGUGAGAAAGCAGAGAAAGGCACAAAGGUGAUGCGACGCCUGAGUUCCCUGCGGAGCCGUGUCACCGGGUCCUGGCAGAAGGAUAAGGGUAAGAACAAAGAGCAAUCAAAAGAGAAGGAGAAAGAAACAAAGGAGCCAAAAGAGAGUUGGAAAGAGGUCCAUCGGCACCAGCUUGUGCCAGGGGUUUUCUCCAGUGCCACCAGCUGCUCGCUGUGUGCCAAACCUCUCAGGAAUAAAAGUGGUCUGCAGUGCCUGAAUUGUGCAGUGAAUGUCCAUAAGAACUGCAAGGGUUUGCUGGCUGAAUGCAGCAGCAUCAGAACCAAGCAGAAAGAUUUGCAGCACAGACCUUCUGGACCUGCACAAAGUUCGUCCCAGUGCAUUUCCCCAGCAGCUUCCCUGAAGGAGCAGCCCCAGCCCCGGAGCCUUCUCCUGGGGCCUGAUGGCACCCCAGCGCUGCCGCGGAGCCUCGGCAUGACUAUCGCCCAGAGGGGAAAUCCUCCGUCUGCGCUGAGUACUGCAGGAGCCGCCGGCAAGUUGGGAUUAAUUUCAGGAGACAUGGAUGAAGGGGAUUCAGGAUUUAUAAAGUUUAAGCAGACCUCAGAUGAUGUUGUCUCACUUGCACCUUCAACAGCAGACUGCAUUUUUCUGGAAGAUGCGUAUUCUCUGUCCCUCCGAAGUGAAUUAGAAACAGACGCUCAUGAGUUUGAGGCAGAGUCCUGGAGCGUUGCAGUGGAACAGUCUUAUGCAAAGAAGCAAAAGAAAGAAGUUGUAAAAAGGCAGGAUGUCAUUUAUGAACUAAUGCAGACUGAAAUGCACCACGUCAGAACACUGAAAAUAAUGCUGAAGGUGUACUCCAAAGCCAUGAAAGAGGAACUGCAGUUCUCAAAUGCAGUCAUCAACAAGCUGUUCCCCUGUGUGGAUGAGCUGCUGGAGAUGCAUGGGCAAUUCCUGCUCCAGUUAAAGGAGCGGCGAAAGGAGUCCUUGGAAGAAGGCAGUGACCGAAAUUACAUGAUCCAGAACAUUGGGGACCUCUUGGUAAAACAGUUCUCAGGUGAAAAUGGAGAGAGAAUGAAAGAAAAAUACGGUGUGUUCUGUUCUGGACACAAUGAAGCUGUUAGUCACUAUAAGGACCUGCUCCAAAGCCACAAGAAGUUCCAAAACUUAAUAAAGAAAAUUGGCAACUGUUCCAUUGUGAGGAGACUUGGUGUCCAGGAGUGCAUCCUUCUGGUUACGCAGCGCAUCACCAAAUACCCGGUCCUGGUGGAACGCAUUAUUCAGAAUACAGAAGUUGGAACUAAGGAUUAUGAAGAUCUGAACCAUGCCCUUAAUUUAAUUAAGUAUACGAUCACUCAUGUAGAUGCCAUAGUAAAUGAGUGUGAGAAGGGGCAGCGCCUUAAAGAGAUUAUGCAUAAAAUGGAGCUGAAAUCAUCUGGGAAGUGCAAGAAUGGGCUUUUCUUCCGUAAGGAUGACAUGGGACAGAGGAGGCUUCUGCUGGAUGGGAUGCUGUACUGGAAGGCUGCGUCAGGACGGCUCAAAGAUGUUUUGGCAGUCCUGCUAAACGAUGUACUGCUGCUCUUACAAGAAAAGGACCAAAAAUACGUGUUUGUAUCAGUGGAUUCUAAGCCACCAGUUAUCUCACUGCAAAAGCUGAUUGUAAGAGAGGUAGCUAAUGAGGAAAAGGCGAUGUUCUUAAUUAGUGCUUCCCUAGAAGGACCGGAGAUGUAUGAAAUUCACACAGGCUCAAAAGAAGAGAGGAAUUCCUGGAUGGCUCACAUCCGCAGAGCUGUAGAAAGCUGUCCUGAUGAAGAAGGAGGAUCAUUUUGUGAACCUGAAGCAGAAAGGAGACUGGCUGAAGCAAGAGCAGCGAAAUUAAGAGAAUUCCAAGAGCGCUUGAACAUAAAAGAUGACCUGAUUGUGCAAAGUCUAACUGAGAAACAACAAAUUUAUCAAGAAAUGUCUGAACUGUAUGGAUUUGAAGACCAUUCCCAAGGAUCCCAGUCUAGGCUGCUACUUCUGGGGGAUAUCCCAGAAAGUCUGCAAGGAGAGGCACUUCUGAAGUCUGCAGUGGUAGAAGCUGAAAAUCUCCAGAACCUUAUCUUCACUCACUUAGGAAAUGGAUCCUGUCAGUCUGAAGGGAGCUGUGCAGUGGGGCUCCCCAGGAGAGCAGAGACCUUUGGGGGAUAUGAGAGUGCCUCCAUUUCAAAUAAAAAUAACAGUCUUGAGAAGAACAGUGGUGGUGACCAGAGGCAGUGGGACUGUAGAGGCCCUGCCGUCAGCUCAGAUGUGCAGCUCCCAGAGCUCCCAUUCGAUGCAGAAGAAGGAUCUCAAACUGUGUGUUGGAGCAAUGCAACGAGGCAGGAUGACAGCAGUGGUGUUCAGCCCACCGUAGAGUCUCAGCUUGUGCAAAGGAUACAAACGCUGCUGCAGUUGCUCUUCAGUCUUCAGGCAGUGAUAUCUCAACAGGACAGCUACAUUGAGCUGCAGCGAGCCACAAUGGUGGACAGGGAGAAGCAGUACCGGCUGCAGUCCACACGUGGCAACCUGCUGCUGGAGCAAGAGAAACAGCGGAACUUUGAGAAACAGAGGGAAGAACUGAUGAGUGUCCAAAGACUUCAGAGCCAGCUGAAGCUGGAGCAGCAGCGCUGGGAGCGGGAGAGGAGCCAGCAGCAGAGGGAGCUGGAAAUGUCGGAAGCCCAUCUGCAGAGGCGUGAGGAGGAGACGCGGCAACUGAAAGAGAAGUUGAUUCAGGAUAGGGAAGAGCUGGAGAGGCAACGUGAGGCCUAUCAGCAUGACCUGGAGAGGCUGCGGGAGGCUCAGAGAGCAGUUGAGAAGGAGAGAGAGCGUCUAGACCAGCUAAGGAAGCUGAAGAAGCAGAACACCGUGUCGGGCAGCUUCUCCCCAGAACUGGGACAAAACCCGAUGCAAAGUCACGCUGUUAGCUUCAACGGAGAAGGAGGAGAACCAUCUCCGCCGGUCCUGAAAGCCUCUGCGCGUGUGAGUGUCUGUGGCAUGGAUUACUUGGAGCGCUCAGAGCUGCUGCGCAGGGACAGCACCGCCCUGGAGGGCCGCCCGGCCCUGGCUCUGAAGAACGAGGUGCCCAUCCACCUGCUGAGCGCCACCAACCAGAUACAGAAACCUGCUGCAGUGCAGCAGCAGAUCCCCACCAAGCUCGCCGCUUUUACGAAAGGAAGCAAAGAGAAAAGUGGGAAGGGCAAAGCGUCUCAUAGGACGGACAGCUCGGCAUCUGUGGACCAGAAGCAGCUGAUUCCCCCCAGGCUGGUCAGCAGAGAGGAGGCUGUCCUCAGGGGCAGGCGAUCAGCAAGCCCAGUCCUCACGAGCAGCCAGAGCACUGCGUUCCAGACAGAAAUACAUGGCUCUGCAGAUGGUCAGCCAGAAGCACUUUCCUCUGCCUCCCCAAACCUGUUCAAACCCAGUACUGCUCACGCUCAGACCCUGGUGACCUCACAGCCAACUCUUUUAAACAUGCAAGAUGAUACCAGCAAAGAAGAUGUAAUUUUUUUCUAACUGUUUCCAUUUAAAGAUGACUCUUCUCACGUACUGUUUCAAGAACUCAGGCUCCGGUGUUCAAUGUGACAGAGACUCGACAUGGGUGUCUUUUUAUUCCUGCCUCAUUAAUACUAGCAAGGACCAGCCCAGCGUUGUAGUUUUGCUUUGCUGGCUUCUUUGCCAGCAGCUCAAAAUGAGGGCACAAUGGUAAUGAUUUGCUUUUAAAUUCUCAGACCAUGGAAACGUGUUGAUGCGUGGCAUGGGUAUGUAAGUUCAGAGCAUGGUAAGAUGCUGCCAUUUACUGCAAUUUGCUCUCUUCGGUGUAUUUACACUCUUUGUGAGCACCAUCUUGUAAAUUGUUGUGGUUGAUGUUGAAUCUUUCAGAUCUGUAUGUAAAGAUUUUAAUUGUAAGCCUCCAGAUGGCUGAGAUUUUUUAAAAUCCAUAUUCCCAGGUGCAAGGUUGCUCUCGUGGGUUAAGCCAACUCUCUGUUAAGUAGCUGAGUAGCAAAGCAGUCUCUGUGGAGCCACACGUGAUGAACGUUGUGAUACCAACUCACAGAGGCCAGGCUGGCAUCUGUUUCUUUACUUGCCCCGGUGGAGUUGCACACUCAGUGGUAGGAAAGGCAAGGUAAGCUUCUGAACAGCCUUCAGGGUUCAAGAGCUCCACCUGCUUGUGGAUGAGGAGAGCUGGACGUGUGAGAGCACAGCAGAAUGAAGAGUUGGACUAAAUGCAAAUGUUGGGCCGUCAGCCUGUGCCAGGACAUCAGGCAGCUCUCCAUGUCAGUGGGGGCAGUACAGAUUCCUCAGCAGAACUAUGAAUUGGUUCAGAAGGAACUGCAGAGAUGUUCCUUGCUGGAAGGUGUGUAAGAAGUGUUUGAACGCAGUAACUGUUUUGUUUCAUCCCAAGUCUUCUGCAUCUUUUGUUUGUCUGCUGAAUUCCUUGGACUUUACUCCAAAUACCAUAAGAUAACAAAGCUGCUGUUACUGCAGAGAUUUCUCUGCAGCAGUUUAAGAAAUGAAGGGAAUAUAAACUGUUUGGGUUUCAAAAAAGAACAAGUGCUAUUAGCUGAACCUCUUGGUUUGGCUGCUUACAGCUGAACCAGCUUUUGAUACCUCUUGUGAAAUGGGUCAGUUCUUAAUCUUGGAAUGGUAGCGUUAACAGAGCCCUGCUCAAAAGGCAUUAUUUCUUUGUAGGAGUUUGCACAGUCAUUUGUGUUCUGUCACUUUACUCUGCAUCUCAGUUCUUCGUUACUUCAUUACCUGAGGACACGUAUUGCAGUGUGUCCACAUGUAUUGCACACAGGGGAAAUGGUUUAGAGGGGUUUAGUACAGGAUUACAGAAACUGCUCUCAGAGCCUAAAAGCACAGGUUAACAUCUUCCUGGUGUCACCAGACUGCUGAUACCCCACUGCCCCAACUAAUUGUUCCUGCUAACGAGGGCAUGCCUUGCCUUGGUUCUGAAGUGGUGCUUGGUGAGAGCUGAGCCUUGCAGAGCUUCACACGUUGCUCAUGUUGGAUUUGCAGAAAACUGCAUGGCAACGUAAUCAUCCUUCCAUUGCUGUAAUGCUGUUUGAUGGUUAGAACAUGCUAACGUUGUUUUUGCAUUCCUGAAACCUGGGUUGAAACAGUGGGAAUAUCUUCAAGUCAGUGUAACCUGCCACUGAUUCAGCAGCUCUGCAGGAGAGAUUCUUCAGCUGGAGGAUGCAGAGGCUGCCAUCAUCUCUGGUACCCGAGUAAUUUCUUCUGUAAACACACAGCAGAGCAGCAGGGAUGUGCAGCGUGUUCCCUCGGUGCUGUGGUUUGGGCCACUCCUGGACAAAACCCCCAUUGCCUCACAUUAGCAGUUUGUUUGGAGCCUUAACCUAAAGCUGAGUUGGAUCGGUGGGCAAAACCACCUCAGCUGAGGAGGGAGGCCUCUGCUUAGCAAUUUGAAAACAGUUUUUAGAAACGUGUAUUUGGUUUAAUUUGGUGCCUGUCCUCAUGUGUGGCAGAGAGCCCUGUGCAUCAAAGAUCCAUUUGGAAACUUUUCUCCUUCCUCCAUGCGGUGAAUUAAGUCAGGUUUGGACAGUGCAAUCUGGAGAACAGAAUCUGCAGUGAGAUUGCAUUUAUUUCAAUGUCAUGACUGAAAUAAAACUAUCUGAACGUUGUCAGCAGUGCUGCACCGAGUUACAGCUCUUAGCAAACGAGCACCUGACCCUGACAGGCUGGCUGUUGGUCCGGCACCCUGGGUGCUCCUUGGGAUGUUGGCCUUCAGUCUGUAACAAACCUGAAGCCAUCUGUGGUCCCUGGCUGCAGUUCGUUCUGUGAAAGCCACAUUCACCACAAGCAGAGAUUCAUCACCUCAGAAUCAGCCCCAUAUGAGGGGUUCGUGUGAUUUCCUGUGCAGCACCCAGCGUGGAGGAGGCGUCAGUGUCACUGCUGUGCCCAGAGCGUGCUGCCAUGGUGGUAAAUGCUGAGGGCAGGGGGUGAAGUAUUUCCUCUGAGUGAAGAAUGAGGCUUCACUUCUGUCAAACUGCAUCUGUGGAGCUGCUGUUACAUCCCUGCAACUGAAUGCACUGCCCUGGGAUUCCCCUCAAAUCUCACUUGCAGAAAAAGGGUUUUUCUGAGCAGGUAAUAUUGCAGAACGCUGGGUGCCCUGCUGCUGGCUGUGAGUAACCUCGUUUCCACUGACUUUGGGUCACUUCAGGUAAGAGUUUCCUUUGGCGUGACGUCAGAGGAGCAGGCAGCUCAGAGCUCUGUGCCUCCUGGUCGAGGUGCCCAGCAGGAGCUGUGUGCUGUCGCAGCCCUCGCGUUGUCCUGGCUGAGCGCAGUGGUGGUGCAGGGCAGGACUUCAACCCUGGUGCAGAGGAUGCUUCCUCCUUCCCUCCUCUUCGGACAGCUGUCACUUUGUGCUUCAGACCGAGGGCCCCUCCGUACCCACUGGUACUGAGAAAUCUAUAUUGGAAAUGCCUUCAAGUCUUUACCUGCAGUGGCCGUCGGCUGUCCUGCAAAUGGAGGUCACUGAUGGCUUCCCAGGGUGAGGCAGAAGCAGCCCCAUUUCUAGAGAACGGUGUUCCUGCAGAGCUGGGAGCCGUCCUGUCUGUGAGCAGCGCUCAGAGGAGCCGAAUGCACGGCGCUGAGCCCCUGCUGUGCUCAUUGGCAGUGAAGGCAGGCACUCAGGCUGGGGGAGCUGUGAGGCACACUGCUGGCUUUGCUUCUGCUUCCAAUCCUGCAGAAGCCCUGCAGUGCUGUCGCUGUGCUGUGUCCCCAUGCUGGGGAGCAGGAGCAGUUUUGUUGCCUUGCCCAGCAGUGCUCACAUUUACACAGGGAAGGAUAAUGCAGAUGCCGGGUUCCACGCCUGCUGUUCCAGCCUGAAGUCUCUGCAUCAUCUGGUGGUGCUGUGAUGCUUUGUGCUCUGAUUUGGAGAGGGCCCCCCUUCCUUCCGAGGCCGGACCAACGCCGUGCAAUGGGGCUGGGAUUCACCAUCAGCUCGUGGUGCUGCUCUGCAGCUCUGCGUUGUGCCACGUUUAUGAAUCAGCUUCUUGAUAUUUUUGUACUGAGAGAGAUUGGAGCGCUUGAGGAAAGCUCUGCAGGCCCCAUUUCUGUUUGUAGGUGGGAGGAGAUGUGGGGGGGCAGGGGGUCCUGGGGGCACUGCUGUGUGCUUUGCUGGGAGCUGCCAGUUCCCCCAAUGCUGUUCAGUUUUGCCCUGGUUCCUGGGCCCACCUUGCACUGAAAGCAUUGAAUAAACCAUCACAGUUCGUGGUUGAUCGGCCGUUUGGUUGGGGUGUAAACUUUGUAAAUAGUUCAUUCGGUGUUGAGCCUGUGGCAGCCAAGUCUUUUAGUCUUAUUUGUAAAGAUGAUGGAUAAAUGUUAAUGUUGUGCUGAAUUGUGCACUCCUGGUUAAUUGAACACUUCAUCCUAGCGCACCAAAUGAUGAUUUUUACAAUGACUGCAAUGUUUCUCCACUGAAGGAUUUCAAAGCUGCAAUAGGACUGAAAACAACUUCUAGCAAUAAAAAAAAAAAACAAAAAGUAAA